AUGGACAGCGCCCUGCAAGACUGGCCACUCAACGCUUCGGCGGCGGAAGGCAAAGCAGCCGGGCAUCAGCUGGCGGGCAGGUUCGGGGCCAUGUGGACCAUCUCUCUGGCUGUGCUCAUGGCGCUGCUGAUCGUGGCCACCGUGGUCGGGAACGCGCUGGUCAUGCUGGCUUUCGUGGUGGACUCCAGUCUGAGGACCCAGAACAAUUACUUCCUUCUCAACCUGGCCAUCUCCGAUUUCCUAGUAGGUGCCUUUUGCAUUCCCUUGUAUGUGCCCUAUGUGCUGACAGGACGAUGGGCCUUUGGAAAAAGCUUCUGUAAGCUCUGGCUAGUAAUUGAUUAUCUGCUCUGCACCUCUUCAGUCUUCAACAUUGUGCUGAUUAGCUAUGACAGAUUCCUCUCGGUGACAAGAGCGGUCACAUAUCGAGCUCAGCAAGGUAAUACCAAGCAAGCAGUACUGAAAAUGGUCAUGGUGUGGGUCUUAGCUUUCCUACUCUAUGGACCUGCAAUUAUCAGCUGGGAAUAUGUAACCGGGCAGAGCAUCAUACCUGAUGGAGAAUGCUAUGCUGAAUUUUUCUACAACUGGUAUUUUCUCAUGACGGCUUCCACUCUGGAGUUUUUCACUCCCUUCAUCAGUGUUUUGUUUUUCAACUUGAGCAUUUACCUGAACAUUCAGAAACGCACCAAAAUCCGUCUAGAUAUCUUCCACGAAGUACAGAGCCAGUCAUUCAUGGAGGAGAUGGAAAUGAGCCCAGAAGGAAAGCUUUCCCUGAAAUGCUGUAAGUGGGACCAGAAAGAGCCAGCUAAAACUCUCGACCUUCCUAAGGGUGAAGUACAACAAGCAGCUGCCAAUGCCAGUAUUAGUGUGAGAGACUCACAGACAGCAAACUCAAAGAGCUCUGGGCUCUAUGGUGGGAAACCAAAGUCUUUCAGCAAGAGGAGCUAUAAACCGUCGGCAUCGGCACUGUCUAUAGAGAAACGGAUGAAGAUGGUCUCCCAGAGCAUCACGCAGCGCUUCAGGCUCUCCAGAGACAAGAAGGUGGCAAAAUCACUGGCAGUUAUUGUGAGCAUUUUUGGGCUUUGCUGGGCACCAUACACCCUCCUCAUGAUCAUCCGUGCAGCUUGCCAUGGCCACUGCAUCCCUGAUUAUUGGUAUGAGACUUCCUUCUGGCUCCUGUGGAUCAACUCUGCCAUUAACCCUGUCCUCUAUCCCCUCUGCCACUACAGUUUCAGAAGAGCUUUCAUGAAACUCCUGUGCCCCAAGAAGCUCAAGAUCCAACCCCACAAUUCCCUCCAGCACUGCUGGAAGUGAGUUAAUCUAUCCUCGUCUUUGAGGAGCUGCUGUGCCGCUUUUGCCACAUUUUGCAAAAUGACCAUAGUUCAUUUCCCUUGAAAAAUAUGAAGACAGCAUUUCAUGGGGGUAGCAGGGUGCAGCAUUAACUUCUCAUGCUCCCUCGGCAGGAACAAAAACGGGCAGAAUGCAGAGAUGUGGGUUAAGCUCAUGACACUUACGCUGUUGUCUCCCCCCCCUCCCCCACAAAUGUAUGCACAGAAGAGCUCUACUGCCACCUAGACAGCCAAAAUGGGAUUGGUCCUUAUUCCAAAAAAGAAUCCAAAAUGUCAAUCUAAUCUUGCCUCCCAUAAGUAAUACACAAUUUAACCAUUUUCAGAAGUUUGCCAUGAAUCUGAGGUUCUCUUCUCAUAGCCAAUGUAUUACACAUGCCUGGGAAGGAGCAAACAUUUCAAAGAACUCUCAUUUAUUAUUAUUUGUAUUAUGAUUGUGCCUAGGGGACUCUAUUACAGACCAGGACUUUACAGUACUGGGCCUUGUCUACCCCAGGGGUGGGCAAUAAUUUUUAAUGUGGGGGCCACUCCAAGAU